AAAUCUCAAGCUAGAAUGCGUUUCAUUCGCAACCAACUGUGUAAACAACAAAGAAAUAUAUUAACGCUAUGUAUAAAACAAUAGUCUUUUUAGCUCUUUUGGAAAUAGCCUACAGUGCUGUGCAUUUCCAGCCAUACGUCGAAAAACCUGCCGAGUUUGCCGACCAAGAUGGGUGCUACAUUCCAGAGUUAAAUAAGGUGGUGCCCUAUGAGGAGCCCUACAGGCCGGCGGACGGCAAACCUUGUGCCAUUUACGUUUGCCACACCAAUAACGAAACCCAGAUUGACACAUGUGGCAACGCCGUAGUACCCGAUGGUUGCCAACGUAUCAUACCUACUCCUGAAAAAAGAACUGCUGAUAACUGCUGCGGCUUCAUCAUAUGUAAUUAGAAUAGCUUGGAAUCUUCCAAGGACCUCAUAUUCAAGCUGGAGUUUUCGCUUAGGAAGCCAAUUUAAACUUCUACUAUGGCAUCAAAAUAUCUAAACGACAUCAGUCGCGCGUGCAUUUCGCUCGUACAUGUCCGUACAUAUUGGCGCGAGCCGACUGACAUCAAUUGAUUGAUGUCGACAUCAAUGAAGUCACAAUGUAACAGUCUAAGGCGUCCUUGACUCACCACUACCUUUUAGAACAUCGAUGUCGUCAGUUUGGAAUUGACGUCUAUUUCUGUUGCUUUAAAUUGUAAAAGGCUACAACUACACCGCAGAAAACGAUUUAAAAUAAAUAUGAUGCUAUAUAACAGGGGUGGCCAUUAGUCCAGUCGAUCGUGGCAAGGCAAAAAAUAUAAAUACGUAGACCAGUUUCAUUUACGGUUUCAAGAUGUAUGUAACUGGUAGAUCACACAGGGUUUCGUUAAUAAACAGGAGAUCUUGGGUCUAAUCAAGUUGGCCACCCCUGCUAUAUAACCUAUGUGUGAUGGUCAAAUAUCGUGGGUUCAACCCCAAAGCAAAAAGAAAUCGUGCACGUAAAAUGCAAUCAGAUGACUAAAAAUUUGGUCAGGGUUCUUAUAUAGAUGACUAUCGGUCUGGCCUAGUGGGUAGUGACCCUGCCUAUGAAGCCGAAGGUCCCGGGUUCUAAUCCUGGUAAGGGCAUUUAUUAGCAAGGAUAUUUGAUCCUGAGUCAUGAGUGUUUUUUUUUAUGUAUUGAAGUAUUUAUAUAUUAUAUAAAUCGUACCUACAACACAAUCUUCAUUGACAAGGAAGGGUACCAAACUGUCCGACUCCGAUUUGAUUCAUUUUGAUAUAUGUUAUAGAGUAGUCUAAAAUAACGGACACGUAUUUUUUUUAGCUGCCCAAACUCAACCUGUUAGGAGAAAAUGGCCUUCAAAGUACUAAAAAGUUACUAAAUCUUCUAACUCCUAUAGAAAGUGAUGCUCACGCAACUUGCUAGUUAAUGGCUGGUUUGAAAGCAGCAAAAAAUAAUGAGCACUUGUUUUGUUAUAUCUGCUUAAACUCAAGUUUUCCUACAAAAAUACCUGUCUUUAUGUGUAACUUUAGCGAUAAAAUAUUAUAAAACUUCGAAUGUCGAUUUUUUAGGAAAAAAUGAGUUUUAGCCGAUAUAACAAAACACGUGCUCAUUAUUUUUUGCUGCUUUCAUAUGUACACACUACUUUAUUGUACAGGCAAUAAGGUCGUGUAUAAAUAUUUUUGGCACUUUGUCCGUGUCGAUAUUUAAUACCUUGACUGUACGUGAUAUUUACCUUAUACAUAUAGCGUCUCAGACAGCAUUGUCAUAUUAUUAAAAAACAAAUUUUAGUA